AUGUCCUCUCAGCUGGAAGGAGGCCUGCAGCUGGGGACCACAGCAAAACCUGAUCUACUAAAAUCCAAAGAAUUUGUUGACGUGACAAGCCCUGACGGAUGCGCUGGGCAGCGCGGCUGUCGCGGGGACAGAGGGGAGAAUAAAGUGGUGCUGUCUCCAGAGCGCCAUCAGCAGAAACCACGCAAGAUGACCCGGAGCCCCAAAUGCGCCCGCUGUCGGAACCACGGCGUCGUUUCGUGUUUAAAAGGCCACAAACGCUUCUGCCGCUGGAGGGACUGUCGCUGUGCCUGCUGCCUGCUGGUGGUGGAGCGGCAACGCGUCAUGGCAGCGCAGGUCGCACUGAGGAGGCAGCAAGCUGCGGAGGUGAGAAGACCACAAGGGCAGGGUAAGAGGGGGGUCAGGUGUGCAGGUCCGUUGAGGAGGACUGCGUAUCAGAGUUACACGAGAGCAGCCGAACCGAGCAUACUGUCUAAGAGCAUCCUGCAGGGGCUCAAACCGGCUAUGCUUCUGGAGGAUGACACCUCCUGCUGGUCAAAUCAGACGCCGCGUGAACAAACACACUUUACGUGUCCCCCCAUUAGCGCCCGGAUGAGGAAGAGGCGAGCAUUCGCAGACAAGGAGCUUGAGAACGUGAUGCUGGAGCGGGAGCUGAGACAGAGAGAUCUGCAGAGCGACCUUUCCUUCUCCUCUUCCUCUGCCCUCGUCCCCAUGCUUCACCCUCCGCCCCUGCCUGUCUCCCCGAGCCUCCACUGUUGUCUUCUCAACAAGGACCCCACCGCUGCAGGGUCGUCCAGUUACUUGCCUGUGUAUAAAUAUAAGCCCCUGUAUGAGUGUGACUUCCAGUUCUAUCAGUUUUUCCACCUAAAGAGUAGGUCAUCCGCAGAAGGCUAUAAUGACUUCUUAUGCCAAAGCGCAGAGCAGACCAGGGAGGAUAAGGAGGCGCAAGACAGCUGGAAAGGCUGUGAGAAGAAAGACGGACCAGACCUGACUCUUCUAACAUCGCAACAAAGACACAAACAACAUGGCAGCAUUUUGUCAGGUCUAGACCUUGUCAAAUCCAUCUCAAAUCCAGUAGAAAUAAUGGACUCAAAUGGCUCUUCAUUCGUCCAACGCUCCAUUUGUGGAUCAGAUCAGGGUAUCCUGGGCGGACCAGACGUCAGUGCACGCAGCAGGACUUUUGAUCCCAGAUCUCUAACAGCUAAGGGCUGGUGUGCAGACACUCCUGUCGACAAAGCCGGUCCUCAUGCCGAUUCUGUCAAGAGCCCUCAUGGCAGCUCAGUCAGGACUCCCGCUGUGAGGCCAUUACCUUUCUCUGUGGAGGCUCUGCUGAGGGCCUGACAGGCAAAUGGAAAGCAGCGUAGUGCACCGUGUUGAUGUGCUGACAAAGAAUUGAUAAUGAGUGAAUAAAUAUAUAAAUGGCUAAUUGUAUAUAAUUGAAUUUUUCAUAACAAUUUAUUCAGCUAUAUUUGAAUUAUAAUUUAAAGAUAUAACA